CCAUACUUUCCACACGGUUUCGCGAGCAAAGGAUACAAUGGGUGAGGGACUGAGGGUCCAUGCGAGCGGAAAAGCAAAACCAUCUUCCAUCCUCACCUCAGUCUGCGCCGCUGCGUCAAGAGAAAAAACAGAGUCCAGACCGGCUUCAGCAACUCAUCCUCAGAGCAGAGUUGCUGCCGAGUGAAUAGAGAGCUCGUGGUGGGAGAAUCAAUUUGUUUGCUCUGAUUGUUGCUCGGAGAAGAUCCAAAACGUUUCAAGAUCUUACCUCAUCUGCUCGAUCUUGUGCGCAGCUGCGUGCGGCGGGAAGGUUUCGAUGGCAGAUCCGGUGGCCACCGUGGUGGAGAAGAUCGUCAAAAUCGGGCUCAAGAUCAAGGAGGCCGUGAACAGGGUUCGCCACAACGAGGAGGAUUGCCGCGAGAUCACGAGGCGCGUGCUGAGGUUCAGCGCCAUCCUGUCGCAGCUGCAGCAGACGGGGACGGUGGCCGACAGCCCGGCGCUGGCCGGUGCGCUGGAGGACCUGGAGGAGACCCUGCAGCGUGCCCUCGAGCUCGUCACGGCCUGCCAGGAGAGGACCACCACCCGCCGCCUCGUCGCGGCGGGUGACCUGUCGAAGCAGCUGCGCCGGGUACAGGAUGACAUCUUGAACAAAGUGAUGCUGGCGUCCUUCGCCAUCAACGCCCACACCACCAUCUUGUUGCUUACUAUUCAGGCUGGUGGUCAGCCUCCGCCCCGGCAGCAGCAAGCGGAUGCAGGACUGACGGGUGUAUCGAAUGACAUUCAUUCAACUGAAGAUGCUAGGUCUGAUUUGAACGGUGAGGAAAACAUUGUACCAACAGGAAACGAUGCCCCCUUUGCUCCUUUAGAAGCCUUAAAAAACUUCAGUUUAUUUGAGUUAAAGGAUGCUAUAAAUGGCGGAAACAUCAUUGGAGAAGGUGCAUUCUGUAUGGUCUACAAGGGUGUAUUAAUGGAUGGGAAUGUGGUCGCUAUCAAGAUGUUUAAAGAACCACGCCCAUUAGGCUGGGAGCAUAUGCUUGCACAUGGUCAACUUGUCCUAGCUUCAAAGCUUCGACACCAAAACAUAGUUAAAGUUCUAGGAUAUGGCCAUGAAGUUGAAACACAAAAAUCUUCAGUGAUAAUGCGGCUGUUGAAACACAAAAAUCGUCCAGCUAAAGGAAGAGGCUAUUUCUGGGUUGAAGAAUAUGUGCCGAAUGGAACCUUGUACUCGAAAAUCCAUGAGUCCUUGCUUGAUUGGCAUUCCGUCUCCCGGAUACUUGAGCAGGUAGCCCAGGGCAUACAUUACCUUCAGGAACAGCACAUUGUCCAAAGGGAUCUGAAACCAAGAAACAUCCUCUUGGAUUCUGAUAUGAAUCCUAAGAUUACUGAUUUUGACUUAUCUAUGGUGUUGAAUGAUGAUGAGAUCAGUGAGAAUAAUCGCAUAGCAGGCACUUGGCUUGGGAGGCUUGGGAAGCAGGAGUAACAGAGGAGUUGUUUGAUCCGUCAUUGUUUGACGGGUCUCAGGGAAUGGAGAUCAUUAGAAGGUGGGUGCAGGUAGGACUGCUGUGCGUUGAGGAAAAACAGGGCAGGCCGGCCCACCAUUGCGGAUGUUCUUGAGAUGCUAAAUGGCAAGAAAGAGUUGCCGACACCAAGGAAAAUAGCCUACUACGUGCCUGGUCAGACGGAUCGUUGAGCCCCCGUCUCCUCGCUAGCUUGUAUUACGCCACUGCUCUUGGCAUUACUACAAUAUCAUGUGCCUCAUCAUUCUUCUAUUUUCAAAUUACAUGUUGAAGAAAACCACUCGAGGAGUGUUAAUCAACAAAUUCCAGUGCGGCCUCUGCGAACACGAAUUUGUCAACUCGGUGUGAAGAACAAAGAUACAAGCUUCACCAA